GCUCCCAUGAUCUCCUUAGGCAGAAUUAAUGAAUUCUGUAGAUUCUUGAAUGUCUCUCUUUCUCUCUCAUUCAGAAAUGACUUCAGGGGAAAGAAACAAAAAUCGCAGCAUGUGACUGUUCAAAGAUGAUCUGAGCUGAGACACUGAUCAGCUAACUAAACAUUUGUCUCGGUUGGCUACGUGGUCCCACACACCCACUCACUCCAAUAAGGGUUUAAUCCCUGGUUGCAUACACAGUUUGUUGCACAGGACGGCGGCUUCUCUCCACCACACAAGCAUACUUUUGUCUUUCUCUAGAGAAAUCAGUUCCAAACAUGUCGCUGCUCACGCACCUGUUGGCGUGUCUGUUUGGAAUGGGCUCCUGGGUUUCCAUCAACGGCCUGUGGGUGGAGCUGCCUCUCAUCGUCAAUCACAUCCCAGAGGGCUGGUACCUGCCCUCAUACCUCUCUGUCCUCAUCCAAAUGGCCAAUGUCGGACCUCUCUUCGUCACGUUGAUGCAUCGCUUCAGGCCCGGUGUCCUGAAUGAGUCUGCUGUCAUAUAUGUGAUCAUCAGCCUGGGGACAGUGGCAAGCUUCUUGCUGGGUUUCUUCUGGAAGGAGACUGUUGUAGUGGCGGGUGUUCCUCGCAGUGUAGCCCUCCUCGUCUUAACUUUUUUCCUCGCUGCUGUCGACUGCACUUCAUCUGUCACAUUCCUACCCUUCAUGAUGAAGCUCAAGCCUCAGUAUCUCACCACCUACUACAUUGGGGAGGGUGUGAGCGGCCUGCUGCCUGCUGUAGUGGCUCUGAUCCAGGGUGUUGGAGUGGUCCACUGCGUAAACAACACACAAACCCUGAACUCCUCCAACAGUUCUGAGAUCUUUCACCUCCAUGCCCAGUAUCAGCCAGCAAACUUCUCAGCUGAGGUCUUUUUCUUCAUCCUGAGCACCAUGAUGCUGGUGUGUCUGGUGGCUUUCCUGCUGCUGAACUACCACCCAGCUGUGGGCAGGGAACAUUCCAACAAUCAGUACACUAACGGGGUGAAAGAGUCAUCUCAGAAAAACAGAAAUAGUGUCGAGCAGAAGGCCAUGAUGGACCCCUACAGACCUGCAAACCAGAAGCGCAAAAGCAGCUUUGGCACUGGUGCUUACAGCUGGAUGCAGGUGUUGUACAUCUUUGGGAUUCUGGCCUGGGUCAACGCUCUAAGUAACGUGGUGCUUCCCUCAGUGCAGUCGUACUCCUGCAUGCCAUAUGGAAACAACAUCUACCACUUAUCGGCCACCAUGGCUGCCGUGUCGAACCCUCUGGCCUGCUUCAUCGCCCUGUUCCUCCCUAUAAGGUCUCUGCUGCUGAUGGGAGCUCUCACAGUGAUUGGCAGUGUAGCUGGAGCUUAUAUCAUGGGCAUGGCCGUGCUCAGUCCAUGUCCACUGCUGGUGAAUGGUGCCUCAGGUGGUGUCAUCAUUGUGUUGGUCUGGAUCCUCUUCAUUCUCACUCUGUCCUAUGUGAAGGUGAUGAUUGGUGUGGUCCUGCGUGACGAGGGCCACAGUGCCCUCGUGUGGUGUGGAGCUGUGGUGCAGUUAGGUUCCCUGCUGGGAGCCGUGACCAUGUUUCCACUGGUCAGCGUGUACAGCUACUUCUCAUCAGGAGACACGUGCAACACAAAAUGUGCUACUGGACAUCCUUAAUGGCAACAUCAUUUACAAAACUGACAGAUACUGUAACUUAAACGAAGAGCUGCAUCCUCCAAAGCAUGUGCUCGACAGAGGCCGUGACUAUGUUGACCACAUCCACCGAAGGAAAUGGAAGUCAGAUGCACAACAGUUGUGUCACCAAUUCUUGUUCUUCUUGUCUCCUCCAAUAAUUUCCAGCAGGCUGUACACUGAGAGCCAGAGAAAUCUUGACAAAACUGAUACAUUUUUUACAAAACCUUUUUCCAAUGUAGUGGUAGAAGUAAUAGUGAUAUUCCCUGUAGUACUGUAUCUGUGAUUCCAAAUCAUCUGCCCGGUGAAGUGAUGUUUUACUGCAGGUGGAGCCAUAACCACAGCUUUACUUUCACACUGACUGAACAUUUCAGUUUUUGCCACAGGUUCAUUUCGCUGUUCAUGUGUUGAAUCUCCCGUUCAUCCGUUAUAAACACAGUCUGAGAUGUUUAGGUCUCAGGUUGUGUAUGACAGAGUGAAAGUGUCAUGUUGGUUGAUGAGAGACAAGGUUUGUCCUGAUAUUUAAAAAAAAGGACUCUUUAAGCUUGAGACUGGGUAAUAAUUUGAAAACAUAUUAUUAAUAUAAGCUUCAAUCAAAUCAGAACAUGUACAUGUAUUAGUUUUGGCUUACUGCAAUUUUCAAAUUGCAAGAGGCACAAUACUUAAGUUAAAACCAAAAUGUGUUAAAAUAGUCCUGACCUACACAUGACCUCUGGGGAUGUGGCUCAUGUCUCAAAAUAAAUAUUAGAUUUUGGUUGUAAUUGUAGAAACUGUAUAAACUGUAUAAAGGUUCAGUGGUGAUCAGAAGUCCAGCCCUUUUCAAAGAUUCGGUUCUUUUGGCUUGGCUCCCUAAGAAGAACUCUUACGGUUCCUAAAAGUCUCUUCAAUUAGUGUCAAUCAGAGCCUUCAAUUUUAGCCUAAAUUAGUAAUCAUGAAUGGUUUGUUGUGUUUUCAUAAAUAUAUAAUAUAUAAUAAUGUUUUUGUUUUUUUCUAACAUUUUAAUCAAACCCUUAAAUGAACAACUAAACACAGAACCUGAACAGGUAACCUAACCAACCAACCUAACCCUACACUGAGCUUUGCAGCCUCCAAUAUCUUUGAAAUGCAGCCACAUACUGCUUCUUUGGUACGAUCCUAGUCUGUCCUCGCAUGUCAUUGGCCACAUGGUGUGUCCAUCAAAAAUAAAGUCCAGCCCCUGCCUGCAUGGAUUCUCAGCUGAGCUGAGCAGGAGCAGCAGAAGACUUGGCUCUCCCCAACGCUACAAAAGGAAUCGUCUCUUAGAGGCAUCCCGUGCAUCCCUACUAAAGACCUAAACCAUGGGUGUCCAAACAAGGGCCAGAUUUGCUAAUGUGGAUUGAAUUUGUGAAAUACGUAAAUACGUCAAGAGUUAAAAGUUCACUUGGUUUCUUUUUUAUGAACAAAAAGAAAAGAAAAAUCCUCAGUGAAACAAGGAAAAAGCCACUGAUUUAAAGACCCACCUAAUAUAUUCAACACCUUCCUAAUUCUACAGUGUCUUAAGAAUGUGUUCACAUUGUUGCUGCUUUGACAAGUAACUAACUUUAUGUUUAAGCCAUUUUGUGAUUCCAAUGUUUGGAGAUGAUUUGCCAGAUUUAAGUGACACAAACUUAAUCAUCUAAGGCUGUAGAGACUUAACUGUGAUCACUCCAUGACUGUUCUUGCUUUUACUGAAUUAAUAAACAAUACAGAGUUAAAUAA